AUGACCAACGUAGUUAGAGCUCUUCCGAAUGAAGAAAAGGAUGCGUGGCUAAAUUUGAAUGACAUCAGACAGAAUGCGAAGAAGCACAACUGGCAAGAAAGCCCUGGAAAGCGAAAUCAUUACAUUUUUUCGAAAGACAAUGUUAAGAUAUGCAUUAUAGGAUUGAAGGGGCUGGUGACAAUAGAUAUCCAACUGCUAAGCGGAGUGAACUACAAAUUAUGCAAAAGCAAUUUGAAGAAAGAGGAAAUAUAUGAUUUAUUCUCAACGAAUAGCUUCUUUAAUUACACAAAUGAUGUACUACAAAAAACUGUUUUGUGCAACAGUUAUGAUUUAACUGUAAAGGAAAAAAUAGAUCUUUUCAAUAAAAACGACAAAUCCUUUUUGCAGGAGGUGAAAUGCAAGGAUCUGUUUUUUCCCAACCCUCGAGAAUCACAUAGGUUGGGCAAUGAAAAGGCAAAAAUGGGCACAACGAAAGUAGAAAUCAGCGCAAUAAGAAGCAGUGCAGCGGGUGAGCAGCGGCAGGGGAAACAGAAUUCGACAGACUUCCCUGAGGAGAAGAAAGUGCAAAUGAAACCGAUUGAAUCAACCCAGACGGAGCUUCAAGCAGAGGAAGGCAAACAGUUACAAAAGGAAAAUGCACACAUUAGGAGUAGCCUUUACCAAAAUGCGUUCACUGUGAGCGCAUUAAGUAAGUCAGUUAAUAACUCAGUUAAUAAGGCGGUUAGUAAGGCAGUUAAUAAAGCAGUUAAUAAAGCAGUUCUCUCCAAGGAGCAAGAUAAGGACGAAAAAAGGUUCUUGAAAAAAUUCAUUCUUUUUAAUAAAGGUUUUUGUGAUAAAGACAACGAAAAUUUGAAAGGAUGUUCAAUGGAAGGAGGAGCCAAUUCACCAUUUGGGGAAGAUCCCCCUUGUGGAAAUGACCAUAGUGGAGGGCACCCCAAAGUUAAGGGGCAACAAGGGGGAGAAAUUUUCCCAAGGGGAAGUUCCAACCAAAAGGGGGAAAAGAACUGUAGAAAUUAUGGUGUAAAGAAAGGAUACGUAGAGGGGGAACAAAAUUCACCUCCUCAUAUAGUGAGUAACCACACGAGCGAAAUUGAAGAGGCAGAAAAGUUAAACGUAGGUAAUUCUGACGUGAGCAGACAGAUGGAUACUAAUAAGUAUGGAUCGAACAAGACGAAGGAAAGAAAGCCAAAUCGGAAUGGUAAAAACGUAAAUGGUAAAAACGUAAAUGGUAAAAACAUGAAUGGUAAAAACAUGAAUGGUAAAAACAUGAAUGGUAACGAAUGGCAGUUGGCACUGUCUCCAGGGAGAGAAAACAGCAUGUUUACUGCGCAGAACGAUACAUUUGGAAAAUUUAAUUCAGAUGAAAAAUAUUCCCUACGUUAUGGUAGCACUAGGGGGAAUAGCAAAGAAUGCCUCGAAUGGUGCGACACGCUAAGUACCAAGAGAGAGUGCCAUAUGUUGAAGUCAUUCAUCACACAUUCUCUGAGCGAGGAAGACAUAAACAACGAAACGUUACAUCGAAUGAACACUAGCGGGGAAGGAACUGCUAAUUCAUGCAGCGGAGAGGGGAACACAAAUGAGAUGAACAAUGAUCCCCCCAAUGGACCACCUUUACACACCGUGAAAACGAAUGAGACAGAUUUAGCGCCCAACAGCAAGGGGAGGCAGUGGUGUGUAAGGGAACUACCUCGUUCACAUUCGGAUUGCACCUCCAGCGAUAAUGUUGUUGAUAGGGAACGACACACAAAUGGACACCUCCUUCAGAACGUGACUGAUGAAGAGGGGAGUCCCAUCGACUGCAACCAGGGCCACCAACUGUGCAAUCGUUGUAUCCACAAAACUAAGGCGGUUAACAUAUACAUACAAAAUAACACGGUACAGUACUUUGGUCCGAAAUAUAGGCACAACAGGAAAGUCAAGGCCAGGUGGGCGCGGGGCGAAGAGGGCCUAAGCCACCUGAAGGAUUAUCGUAGGGGCUAUAAAUCGUUCAGUAAAUGGGGAAGCAAGUGGGACAACAAGUGGAGUAACAGGUGGAUAAACCUGUGGGAUAAUCAUCACUGGGAUAAAUGGGGAAAUUGGAAUUACCGUCGGGAUUAUCGCUGGAAUAACUGGAACGUGAAAUACAAUCAUUACAGUGAGCCUGGGAAAAGAAGCCUUGUCAAGGGACAUAGUUUAUCUCCGCGUAUCGCCCCUCAUUUGGCCCUGCAAACAAGGGGAAAAGAAAACUACACAGAUAAGAACAACGCGUAUUACAGUCCAAGUUGGACAAAGCGCACCCGUAAAUAUUACACAACAGAUUCAUGUAAAGUUUAUAAUAAUGGUAGGGGUCAAAGGGUAGAUUUGCAAAAAGAGGCAGCCUGUAUUUAUACAGGAGAACGUAGAAAAAAUGGCAUAUCUGAUUAUCCAUUUUGGAAUGUACAAAAAAGCAAAGAUGUCCACCAAUUUUAUGGUAAAAGGGGUUUUUGUAUAACGAAGAAUAGGAAGAAUUAUACACUUAGAAAAUACAAUGAAAGAAGAGCGAAUGACGCGUUGCAGCCAUAUGAACCACACAAAAAUGUAAAAGAAAUGGAAAAGGAAAUAUACUACAAGCUUUCCUAUUUAAAGCACUUCAAACAUGACUAUACCAAGUCCAUCCCCAGAUAUUAUUGCAACCUUAGGCAUUUGCUUGCUCCAUCCAGGACAAGAAAACUACCCCUGUGGAUUCAAAACAUGAUAUCUACGAAUAAAUGUGGCUACUGUGAUGAGCAGUUUUCCAGUUUGAGAAAUCUGGAAAAUCACUUUCUUCAUGUGAAAACGCAUAGAAUAUAUUACUGCUGUGGAAAACCCUUCACUUGUUUGAAAUUUUUACAUAUUCACCUCAGGCGGGAUAACCACUAUGGGUACAUUUACUAUUACUAA